AGCUGAGGCUGGGUAUAGAGUCCAGAGAGCAGCGUUACACUAAAAUAAUCUACAAACCAGGCAGGCAACAGGACCCAACUGAAGCAACAAUCCCUGCAGACCUAGGUCAUCACAUUCCAUCAGAAACAGCCAGAGAAAUCCAGUGAAAAGAGAAUUCACUGUCCUGCACACCUACAGCUGAUUACAGAGCUCUGACUAAAAAGCAGAAUGGCUCUGAGUGACCUCCUCUACCCAGAUAACCCGAAGAGACGUCAAGAAGUGAUCCGUUUGCACCAGGAGCUGCUGGACUGCAUGUUGGUUAAUUUCCAUGCCACAGAUGAACUGAUUGCAGUACUGAAUGCACACUUGGGGUGCACAAUUGCCCAGAUUAAGAUGGAAAAGGGUGGCACCAUCAAGGAAAACUGUGACAUUAUCAUCCAAGCCAUGAGUGAGAUCCAACGGGAAGUAUGGAAGAUUGACAAAGAAAUGAAGGAAAUGCUGGAGCCAAUGCUGUACCAAAAGCUUUAUGAUAUCAAAGAGCCAGAGGUGGAGAAAAUUGCAAUAGCACACAAAGUUUUUUCGAUUGUUCUAGGAGAAGCUACUUCCAUUGCUGGUAUGGUAGCUGUAAAACUAGUCGGCUCAAAAGUUAUAAUUGUUGCUGUUAACAAGCUGGUCACUCUGCUAGCCCAGAUUGGUGCUUCUGUUCUUGGAGGUAUUGGCAUUGCCAUUCUUGGGCUGGGUAUUGACGUGAUCCUCCAGGCCAUCCUGGGAGCAGUCGAGAGGGAUCAACUUCUGGCAAUUGUUAAAAGUUAUGAGGAGCAUCUGGCCGAAUUUAAGGCAGCCUCAGAAAAAUAUCAGCAUGCCAUAACUGAAGUAACUUCUAUGGUGAAAUGUAAAAUUAAAUGAAUGGCUUUUAAUGUUCUCUCUGGCUGUCACAAUGACCACACUAAUUAUGCUUAUACUAACUUUUCUGAUUCUUUAUGGUAGAGUGAGCGCUCUUACUUCUUUUUUAGCAGCACAUAAGAUAGCCAUGGAAAUGGGGGCCUUGAUGGCUCAGGAGAUUAGCACAGAAAUAUACCAAUAGGUAAUUGGUUCAAGCCCACUCCAAGUAGGUAGUGUAUGACAGUACCUGCUCCAGAGGUCUGGUAGCUUAUGUGAACCAAGUUGGUUAUUUCCAAUCCACUUCCAAAUGCUCGAAGUACAAAAAUCACCAUCAUAACUAUCAAUAAUUUCUACAGUUUGGAAAAAGGCCAGGUUUACAUUAGACACUUUUGCUGGAUUAGUAAUGUCAGUUAGGGACAUGAUUUUUAAAUGACAUUUCUAUACCACAAGAACCCUAGUGGAGAUGUAGUUAUACUGGCAAUAAAAUAAAAUAAAAUAAAAUAAAAUAAAAUAAAUGUUUUUGCUGAAAUAAGAUGCAUCUACAGUAGGAGGGUUUGCUGCUGUAACUAUAUUGGCAAAUCUUUUCUAAUGUAGAAUCUAAUCUUUUUCAGUAACCUUUAUAGGGGAAGAUCAAGGAAUAUUUAACUGCUAUUUCCUGUAACUAUUGUACCAGAUUGGUGGAACCAUCCAGUGCCCAUCUUAAAAUAAAUUCUAAUCCUGACAGAUUUGUGGUUUGGAAAAUUCCCUAAACACUAUAGUUAAGAGAAGUUGUCUCUAGUAUUCAGGGGCUUUAUUUACAGUAUCUCUUAAUAACUUUUUGUAUCCUCAUUAUGGCCCUGCUCCUAUAAACACACAUGAAUUAACCUUGUGUACAUAUGUAGUCCCAUUAGGGUCAUUGGGACUACAUGCAAAAGUGUUUGCAGGAUUGUUGGCCUAUAAAUCAUAGGACUUGUUAUGCUAUUUUAUUUUAUUUUCCUUUAAAGUGCUAGUGAUGUGAGCAUACAGAGGGCUUGUUCAAUACAAUUCUGAGUUUCAUACAUCAUUAUAGGAAUAGCACAAAAUUUAAAUGUCCUUAACUCGCAUACUUUGUAAACAAAAGGCUAGAGUAAAAAAAUUUAUUUGUAUUCUCUCUCUCUCUCUCUCUCUCUCUCUG